AUGGCGCAGGCACUCGCGGGCUCUGAGCAGGCACCGCAACAGCUCGUCGAGGAUGCCCUGCCAAAUAGCGUCAUUCCAGAACAGCGAAUACUUUCCCUCUUCGAACGGGUCAUCACCACCAAUGCCCCCAUCCUCGAGUCUCUACUUCUCCAAGUCCCGACCGACACCAUCCUCGCGCUCUACCACACCUCCCAUUACCUUCGCACGUUCCUUCAGUCAUACCCGACGGCAUGGAAAUCCCUUUCGUUUCGACUGCUCUGCCCGUCGGGCACCCUCCCCGCAACACGGAUCAUCAUCCCGGGCCUGUCGGAUCAGGAACCCCAGCGCCAAUCACGACCGUAUGCUUUAGAUCAGCUGCUGAUGAACGUAGUGAUCCCGUUCAGUGGGUGCCUGAGGAGUUUGGAACUGGAUAAUACGGCCGUCUCGGGUCAGAUUCUGAUCUCGACUGUGUUGCAUGCGCGUCGGCAAACACUGGAGCACUUGUCAGUUCGGGGCUGCAAGAAUGUAUCUCUUAAGUACCACGUCAUCCCAUAUCUGACCAUGUUCGGAUUACAAUAUGAUGUGGAUAUGGAGAAGAAUAUUGGCAGUUCCCCAGCCUUCCAGCGACUUGCGCUCAAGAGUCUCUACGUGUACCGAUGCCGUCAUCAUCGGCGGCGGCCGUACCUCUCUGCUUCGCUACUGCGGAAGGACUCUGACUCGGAGCCCACUCAUGAUUUAGUGAGUCUUUGCCACAAGUUAGGGAUAUGGACCGACACUGCCUGGUGCACGACGCCGGCUGGGAGGUGUUUCCGCAGACGUGGGUAUGUCUCGAUGCGGGUUCCGCAAGGUUCACCGGAGGUUUGGGUGGUAUUCGACCGGCUAUGGCGAUGCAAGAAUUGGAUCGGUCCUGUGGACUCGAAAACAGAGCGACCGCGUGUGCCUGAUGGGAAGUUGUGGGAGAACUGCGAUACGGGGUGUCAUGGUGAAGCUCUAGGGACUGGUGAAGGGCCAGAUGUCGGCGAGGGGAAAAUGACACCGGCGCAUUUACGCCAUAGCCAUACACAGUUCGUGCAAAACGUGAAAUGCGACAACUGUUUCGACGAUAUCUCAGAACGGUGCGAGCAGUGCAGCAUCCUGAUGCACUGUGUAGGGUGUCGGAGAACGCUCUGUGCGAGCUGUGCCUAUGAGCGGCCCUACCUUCAUCGAGGAGCGUCAGCUACGUACUCUGGAACCAACAGUAACAGUGAUUCCACCAAUUCAACUUCCCUAUGGUGGGCUCCGGGGGCGACCCUCUCACCCAGUUCGAUGCAAGAUCCAGUCUCAAACCCAAUGGACAACGGUGUAUUCCACGGGGGCGCCCCGACGUCACAUCCUGCUCUCAAGUUCCACUGGUGCUGCACGGAGCCCAUCUUCUCUGGAGGAGGUGGUAUCAGCAUCGGCACUCCUAGUCGAGAUGUUGAUCAAGUGCGUGCUGUUCCUUUGCCCCGCGGUCAAGGCUGGGAAGAUCUCGAGUACACCGUCAGCGAGUGGAGCAAGACCUUCCCUAAGUACGCUUACGGCGAUCCCAGUAAACCGGACUACUCGCUGGAAACGGGCCACCUUGCCAUGAUGAAAUGGUUGCUUGGACCGCCCAAUCGACAGGUGUCACCGUGCCCGCGUAACCUAUGCCAGGAGUGCUACGACUCGCCACAGUGGAAAGUGCAUUGCAAGAGCUGCUCCAAGCCUCUCUGCAUUGAACACGACCUGCGCGGGCUUCGCCUGCGCAUCUGCGGCUACAGGGACCUCGCAUUCGAGAAAAUGACGAUUCAAACUCGAUCUGCGGCACAUUUAUCACCUGAUGCCUCCUUCAGCCAACAACUUCCCGGCUAUGACCUUCCAUUCCGAACUCAUCGAAUCAUCGACUCCGCCAACAGUAGCUUUAUUGACGAUCCGCAGGGAAAUAUCGUCGCAGAUGAUACCGAACUCGACACGCCCAAUGUCGAAGGAUCGUCUCAUCCACUCUUCUCCCGCAAUGCUACUCGUUCCUUCUCUGCUCCACCCUCCAAUCAUUCCGGAUCAUGCUCGCCAACAUCCGUAUCCUCCGAGUCCCCCUUCGAAGCGCCACGGUGGCAAGGAUGUCAAUCCUUCUUCUGCCCUCAAUACCGUGCUGUCGGGGAUCAACGACAACGGUGCCCAAGCUACCUCCGGGAAUGCAAGGCCUGUGCCGUAUAUGUCUGCCAGGAUUGUGUACAAGCGCAUCCACCUUGCAAGUGCUCCUACUGCGAGGAAAAUUAUCUGUGCCCAAACUGCAUGAAAGUCCGUGCUCGUGACGGGACUUGCCGCCGUCGAGAGGAAGAGAAGGCGCGGAGGGAGCGGAAGUGGAAAAAGGACAUGCAGGUGCUCGAAGGCAUCUUGGAGCUCAAGGUUGCCAAUGAAGUUGCCGAGUUUGCUGGUCAAUUCUUUGACCUCGUUGAGCUGGACACUGAGGGCGGUAUAGCCAGCUGUCUCAUGGACGACACUGAGUCUGAGGCAGCUCAACCUAGCGAAUCGCAGGUGCUGUCAUCAGGUCUAAACACGGACGUCGGAUCAAGUACUAUGUUCUUCGCGGACAGCUUUACCGGCGCACGUGACGAAUCUGAAUAA